CCGCAAAAGAGUAUGUGACUUGAGGUCACACUGAAUGUAUUACCAACAUCAACAAUAGUGAACAGGAUAGUCUUACAUCUUCAUUGCACUUAGGAUACUUAUAUUUCAGGAGUCAUUUUGGUCGGCAGAACAGUCGUUGUUGGACCAUGAUGCUGUAAGUAAUUAAGGCGCUACGAUUCUGCUUACUGGAGAAAGGAAUUAAAGGCGAUUUCAAGAUCCCUCACAGACUGGCCGCGCAUGCAAAAACCACAGCUCGGCGAGCGCACGGUCUCCGACAGCUGUUCAAGAUACAGCUAACAUAAUGUCGAACAGUACCGGCGUGAGCGUGAUGGCCAAUGGCGAAGGCACCGGCACAGGCAAGGCCAAGGAUAGAGGAGGGGCAGGAGCAAUAGGAGGGAAAAAUGAUGCUUAUAUACGCACAAUCGAAUGGGACAUGAUGAACAAGACCAAGUUCUUUCCACUGUCCAUGCUAAGCUCAUUUUCCGUACGAUGCUGUCUAUUCCCGCUGACUGUUAUCAAGACACAACUUCAGGUCCAGCACAAGAGCGAUAUCUACAAGGGAAUGAUCGAUUGUGCAAUGAAAAUCUAUCGAUCCGAGGGUGUUCCUGGUCUAUAUCGCGGUUUCUGGAUAUCAUCAGUUCAAAUCGUAUCUGGAGUCUUUUACAUCAGCACAUACGAAGGUGUUCGACACAUUCUGAAUGAUCUUGGAGCUGGGCAUCGUGUUAAAGCUUUAAUUGGCGGUGGUUGUGCAUCGCUGGUGGGUCAGACCAUAAUUGUUCCUUUUGACGUGAUAUCUCAGCAUGCUAUGGUGCUUGGGAUGUCAGCGCAUGCCGGCUCGAAAGCAGACAUAAAUCCACUUGGUAUUAAAUCAUGGCCUGGACGUAGUCGCUUGCAUGUAUCGAUGGACAUUGGACGCGAGAUAAUGCGGAGAGAUGGAUUACGCGGCUUCUACAGAGGUUACACUGCCAGCCUGAUGGCAUACGUUCCCAACUCUGCAAUGUGGUGGGCAUUCUAUCAUUUGUAUCAAGAUGAAUUGUGUCGCAUCUGUCCAAUAUGGGUCUCUCAUUUAUUCAUACAAUGCGUGGCUGGCAGCUUGGGUGGCUUUACCACAACCAUUCUAACUAAUCCAUUGGAUAUAGUACGAGCACGUCUGCAGGUUCACCGUCUGGACUCUAUGAGCGUUGCCUUUCGCGAAUUGUGGCAUGAGGAGAAGCUGAAUUGCUUCUUUAAAGGAUUGUCCGCACGCCUGGUGCAGUCAGCGGCUUUCUCAUUUAGCAUUAUUCUGGGAUACGAAACCAUCAAGCGAAUUGCUGUCGAUGAGCAAUACAAACACUUGAUACGGUGGUAAUGACGGACCGCACAAUUGAAAACCUAAAUGAAAUCCUAACUGCAUUUACGCAACAUACUAAGGAACCACCAGAGAUAUAUUGCCGAGCCAGCUGGAUAGCGCUGGAGGGAUGAAAAGCGGGCUUCACCUUUGUAAAUAACAGACGAAAUGGAUAGCAACAAGCACAGGUUAUUAGAUUAAUUCUAAAUCGUCAUUUUUGUUUAGAGAAAUAAAAUGUUUCUUAAAAAUAGAAUUAUAAAAAAAUUCACAAUGUUUUGACGUUUAUCGUUUAUGAUUAAUGCAAUUCGACUUAAACGUAUCGAUGGUGUUAAAUAACGAAAUUUAUUUUGUUACUAGUGAAUUUUUACAUUUAUAACCUAACGACAGAAGAGGCAAAAACUAAAGCAGAAAUUAAUAUAGCACAUGUAUACUCAAAUGAAUUCUUGUACAUUAUAUAUUUUAUAUUUAAGUAUGUAAUUGAUGAUGAUGUUGAUAAUAAUGUUAUAAAAAUACCAUUAUACUAUAAACGCCAAAAAUUAACUUGCUAAUGCUUGUAUGUACUUACCUAUCGAGUCCUUUUUGUCAGCACUGGGCACUUCUUAUUGGAUGUACUAUGUGUGUUCUUUGAUUGAAAACUAGUUUUAGCAUGCAUUGUGUAAUAAAGUACAAACAAUAAUUUAUAAGAAUUUUU